UCCGCCGAGGCAGCACCCAGGGUCUCCUCCGCUACCCCCCCGCCGCCGGUGCUGGUCUGGUUCGUGCUUCCUUCCGAAGAUGUGUGACGACGAGGAAACCACCGCACUGGUGUGCGACAAUGGCUCGGGGCUGGUCAAGGCGGGCUUUGCCGGGGACGAUGCCCCCAGGGCCGUUUUCCCGUCCAUCGUCGGUCGCCCGAGGCAUCAGGGUGUAAUGGUUGGUAUGGGUCAAAAAGAUUCCUAUGUGGGUGAUGAAGCUCAGAGCAAAAGAGGUAUCCUUACUUUGAAAUAUCCAAUUGAACAUGGCAUCAUCACCAACUGGGAUGAUAUGGAAAAGAUCUGGCACCACACUUUCUACAAUGAACUCCGUGUGGCCCCUGAGGAACACCCUACUUUGCUCACAGAAGCCCCCUUGAACCCUAAAGCUAAUCGUGAAAAGAUGACCCAGAUAAUGUUUGAGACCUUCAACGUACCUGCUAUGUAUGUGGCAAUCCAGGCUGUCCUGUCCCUGUAUGCUUCUGGUCGUACAACAGGUAUUGUUCUUGAUUCUGGAGAUGGUGUCACCCACAAUGUACCUAUUUAUGAAGGGUAUGCUUUGCCUCAUGCUAUCAUGCGUCUGGAUCUGGCUGGCAGGGAUCUGACUGACUACCUCAUGAAGAUCCUCACAGAGCGUGGCUACUCCUUUGUGACAACAGCGGAACGUGAGAUUGUUCGUGACAUCAAAGAGAAAUUGUGCUAUGUUGCACUGGACUUUGAGAAUGAAAUGGCCACUGCUGCCUCUUCCUCCUCUCUGGAAAAGAGCUAUGAAUUGCCUGAUGGUCAAGUGAUCACAAUUGGUAACGAACGUUUCCGCUGUCCUGAAACCUUAUUCCAGCCAUCCUUUAUUGGUAUGGAAUCUGCUGGUAUCCAUGAAACUACCUAUAACAGCAUCAUGAAGUGUGAUAUUGAUAUCCGUAAGGACCUCUAUGCUAACAACGUCCUCUCAGGUGGUACAACAAUGUACCCUGGCAUUGCUGAUCGCAUGCAGAAAGAAAUCACUGCUCUUGCUCCUAGCACUAUGAAGAUCAAGAUCAUUGCCCCUCCUGAACGCAAGUACUCUGUCUGGAUUGGUGGCUCCAUUCUAGCAUCUCUGUCCACCUUCCAGCAAAUGUGGAUCAGCAAACAGGAGUAUGAUGAAGCUGGUCCAUCCAUUGUACACCGCAAGUGCUUCUGAGCACCUCCCCCUUCAAUUUACUUCCCACUCAGGAUGACGACAAUAUGCUUCUUGGAGUCUUCUGGCAAACCUUCCCGAACUCUUCAGUCAUUGUACAGUUUGUUUACACACCCGUGCAAUUUAUUUGUGCUUCUAAUAUUUAUUGCUUUAUAAAUAAAUGAGAUCUGGGACUUGCAACCUACAAAAUAUUGCCUUUUGUUUUACUUUAAGUAUUUUUGGGUCAGAAAAAUGAGACUUGUAAAAAUAAACCCUUGGGAUUUGGAAACUCCCAUCAGACCUAUGAAUACUUUUACUGUAUCCAUGUCCUAACUGAUGUAGGCAUGUUAGGUCAUGGUUUUCUAUUAGUAAGAAUUUACACUUUAUAGUUUUAAUUUUGAAACCUGGAACAAAAGAAGCAAUAUAUUUCAAGGCUUAUAAAGAAAAAGCCUUAGGGUAGACCCAGUAAGUAGAACAAGUGAAAGGAAACCUCUCAUACUCACUCACUCAGUUUAGAAAGAUUCUUCCAUCCCAUUUAUUGUAACCCAGACAUUUCAAUAUUAAUUUAUUAAAAGCCAAAGCUUCUGUAAAAGAAUUAUGUUAAUACAUUUAGAAUGUGAUUUAUAAAUAAUUAACUUAAUCCUAAAGAGUCAUGCAAUUGUUUUCCAUGAGCUAUAAAUAUUUAUGACAAAACAUUAAUUGAAACUGACAGCUUACUCAUCUUCCCCUAUCUCUUCAAAGCCAGAGAUAAAGAAGUGAAGUCUUUAUUGUACUAAUGCACAAGAAUCAAACUUUUGCUGUAUAAACCUACAGUUGUUACAAUCACAAUUAUUUUCACAUUAUCAUUCAUAUGUUUUAGGCAAUUUUUAAUCCUUAAUCUUUGCUAUCCUUUCUUGCUAUUUGACCCAGAUACUAUAAUCAUAAACUGCACACUUUCUGUGGGCAUUUGUGUUCCUCACCAAGACUUCUUAUAAGUGGGCUCUUUGACUUUUUUUUUUUUUUCCAAAAAGUAGUAGCUAAAAAGGGAAGUACAGAAUGAUCUGGGAUAUUUUUGUAAGAGUAAUGGAACCAGUCAGUGUCAUAGUUUGAACUAUGUAGAGACUGGAAUAUGCCGAAAUUUGAUUUAGAAAAUCAGUUAAAGCAUGUAUCAAACUGUGUAUGUAGUUAGCUGAGUUUCAUCAAAGCUGUUUGAAAAGAUAAGACUUUAUGCUAAUUUUAUAAUUCAAUGUUAAUUUAAAAAAUAAUUUACA